AUGCGUGCUUAUAGACUUAGGUGGGGUCAUGCGAGGAGCGGGCGGACAGCCGCCACAGAAGCGACUGGCCACGGGUGCCGGCGUGGGAAUGCCACAAGGCGCCCAGCCCAUCGGCGGGAUGUCCCCAAUGGGCGUCCAGAGCGGUGGCGCAGGCGGAGCGCUGGGGCAACAGGGUGUCAAGCCUCCGUUCAUGAACGUCCCGCCAGGCAUGACCAACCAGCAGGUUCGAAGGCAGAUGCCACCACAGCGGCCGGGCAUGGUGCAGCGACCAAUGGGCAUGCCCGGGGCUGGUCCAGUUCCACCCCAGCAGCAGAUCCCUGGCGUGCCGCAAGGAGUGCCCACACAAAUGUACCAACAACCUCCGCAGAUGGCAGGCCAGCAGCAGCGACCACCAGGAGUGGUGCAGCAGCCACAACAGCAGUUCGCCGCCCCUGGCGGCGUCAACAUGAUGAACCCACAGCAGAUGCAGUACUACCAGAUGCAGCAGCAGUACCAGCAACAGCAACAGCAACAAAACCAGCACCAACCACCCACAAUGUAAAGGAAAUGAAGCCAGGCGUCUACUUGUGCGCGCCUGUUGAGCGUCAUUUAUGUCGGCGGCCUUCUCGAAUCUUUGUUGGCGAAGAGAAACGGCCGAAUCGUGACAGAGCAAUAAAUUGA